GACUCUGCUGCGAUCUCUCUCCUUCGUUUCUUUGGGUGGUCUCAGAGACAGAGAGAGAGAGAGAGAGAGAGAGGUAAAAGACCAUUUUGACCCGUCGUCAUUGCAGCUGCCCUCCCUCCUUCUUCUCCCUCCUCUCUGCUCAAUUUCGCUCUCUACGCUCACCAUGAACGAGAAGGCCAACGUCACCAAGGAGCUCAACGCCAAGCACCGAAAGAUACUGGAAGGGCUUCUUAAGUUACCAGAGAAUAGGGAAUGUGCUGACUGCAAAGCCAAGGGUCCGAGAUGGGCCAGUGUGAACUUAGGUAUCUUUGUAUGCAUGCAGUGUUCUGGGAUCCACAGAAGUCUCGGAGUGCACAUAUCCAAGGUGAGGUCUGCUACGUUGGACACAUGGCUUCCAGAGCAAGUUGCAUUUAUUCAAUCAAUGGGAAAUGAAAAGGCAAAUAGUUACUGGGAAGCAGAACUACCUCCAAACUAUGACAGAGUUGGCAUUGAAAAUUUUAUUCGUGCAAAGUAUGAAGAUAAGAGAUGGGUUGCUAAAGAUGGAAAACCAAAAUCACCUUCUAGAGGACGCGAGGAAACUGCUUCCACACAUUGGCAGAGACCUGUGGAAAGCAGUGGGCAUGGGUAUAUAGCGAAGUCUGAAAAGAAGUUUGGAGAAAGGAAGAGCACACAAACAGCUAGUAGAAGAGACACUGUACCUGCGGGAAGAGUCAGUGUACCUGUUCCUCCUAAAGGGCCUGAACAUGUUGUACAUGUACCAAAACCACAAAAUGUUGUUCCACAGGCUGAAGAAAGAAAGCCAGCUGCUGAAGUUGUUUCUGCUGCCCCUCCAAAAGUUGAUUUUGCAACUGACCUUUUCGGCAUGCUCUCAGUAGAUACACCAAGCGAGAAUAGCUCAGAUGCAGCACCAACUGAUGAUAACGAUUGGGCAGGUUUUCAGUCGGCUAAUGAAGCAUCAAAAAUUGAGAAAACCAGUCCACAAAAAUCAGAAGAAAGCAGUAGCAAGCCUGCUUCAGGGAUUGAGGAUUUAUUCGCAGAUUCACCGUCAUUAGCACCUAUUGCAGAGAAACCCAAGAAAGAUGUUAAAAAUGAUAUUAUGAGUCUGUUUGAGAAGUCCAAUAUGGUGUCACCAUUUGCCAUGCAUCAACAGCAACUCGCAAUGUUGGCUCAGCAGCAGUCUCUUUUCAUGGCUGCAGCUAAAUCUGCCGGUGGGGACCAAAAGUUUCCGGGCACUACACAACAACCUGUUUUGAACGGCACCAAUUUAUCUUCCCAACAGCAACUUGCAAUGCUGGCUCAACAACAAUCUCUUCUCAUGGCUGCUGCAGCUAAAUCUGGCGGCAUGGACCAAAAGUUUCCUGGCAUUGCUCAACAGCCUGUGUCAAAUGGAAGCAGUUUACCCACCCAAAGUUGGCCAAACAUUGGUUACCAAAUUCCUGGGAUGAUGAUGCCUGUGGACGGACAGGGUGGUAUAAAGAAUGUUGCACAGGCAGGGACAGCAGGAGCGGCAAAUCCAACAGGAAGUUCUGUUCCAUAUUCAAUGUCUAGCUUUUAUUCUAUGCCCCAAGCUAGCCCAGUUAAUGGGAUGACUGCUGGAGUGAACAAAAGUCAGUCACCAUCUCCUACAUCUGCUGCAACUUCUUCAACCUUGACACAAAAGGGAAAAGAUUAUGAUUUCUCUUCUUUAACACAAGGGAUGUUCGCAAAACAGUGAGGACCCUUUUGGGUGAUAUUAUGAGGUCUGUGUUAUACUAUUUAAAGAAAGAAAAGAACACUUGAAUCACAGGAAAAUAUUACUUAGUUCCCCUUUUCCCACCUUUACUGGGGUUUGUAAUCUAUAUGUAGAGGCAGUCCACUUUUUUACUUUUCAUCUCUUGGUAAUUACUUCAUUUGUAUGAUUAGGAUUAUUUGAGAAUAAGAUGGUUUUAGAUUGAUCACAAUUAUUUUGUUUCCAACUCAA